AUGAAGAGGGAACGUUCCACCACUAAUGCGCCGCGGGGGCAGCGCCCAGCUCGCGUCGACCGCAGUCUUGGGCAGCCACCUGCGGCCGCGGAGGAGACGCAGGACGCCGCCCCUCUUCUGGGGAGUGGGCUGCGUGCGGCCCUCUCUGCGGCGGGGGCGUCUGUGGAGAGCGUCACGUUGGGGAAGAUGGAGGGCCUCUACGAGUCCAUGUUCGAUGCGAGGUGGGGCCACGUCCUGGAGGUUCCCGACGGCAGCGGGGGGGCGGGGAUGGAGCCGAGGGAAGGCAGGCCGCCGGAGCCGUGGGGGUGGAAGGUGGAGGGGGCAACUGUUCUGAUGGACGACGGUGCGGCGCAAUUCUCUCCACCGCGCCCCAGGCUCCUCGUGCUCACCUCGGAGAGGGAAUGGCCAUACGCGUGGAGCAAUGCGACGAGCAUCCGCGACUGCUACGUUUACUCCGAGGUGGAGCGGGUGUGGCAGAUCGUCAGGGGCGACCUGGACGGGUCGUUGGGCACGCACGGCGGAGCGAACUCCGCGCCUGUGCGGCGUGUCUUGACCGGGACGUCCGGGAUCGGGAAGUCGAUGGCGGCCUGCUCCUACCUCCUCUACCAGCUGCUGCACUACGACGCAGAGCAACUCCCUACGGUUGCGUACUUCGUUGGGAGCAGAGCUUUCCUGUUUGACAAGGCCACCAAAACGAUGUCGCGCCUCCCUCGGUUGGGCUCGGCGACGGAGAGUUUACUGGAGGUCGCCACGCGCACGAGGGGGUAUAUUAUCUGCGACGUGAUGUGGGGAAAGCGGCAGGCGUUGUCCGUCAAACUGCCCCCGCCGGCUGGGGCAUGCUCGUCGUGCUGCCCCCAGAAGAAACUCACUACAGGGAGUGGGAGG